AUGGGCUUCAACUUUAUUUCUCUGGGGAUUGUGCUUACCACCUCUUGUGGGUUCCUCCUCUUUGGUUACGAUCAAGGGGUCUUUGGUGGUCUUAUUGAGAAUGAAAAUUUCCAAGCCACCUUCAAUCGACCGAGUCAAAUGGUAAUCGGACAGAUAACUGCAACCUACGACCUUGGAUGUUUUUUUGGAGCAAUACUUUGCAUGUUUCAUGGAGAUCGAAUCGGCCGUCGACUUUCUAUCGCCUCGGGAUGCAUCCUGCUCACGGCGGGGGCGGUCAUACAAACUGCGUCGUUUAGCGUAGCGCAGAUGAUAGUCGGCCGAUUCGUUGCUGGAUUGGGGAAUGGCAUCAAUACGACCACGAUUCCGGUCUGGCAGUCCGAAAUGUCGAAGCCUCGGCACCGUGGUCCUUUGGCUGUUCUCCAUCUCGCCCUCAAUCAGCUGGGCAAUGUGACGGCGCAGUGGCUCAAUUUUGGACUUGGAUACAUUGGCCAAAAGCCAGUGUCUUGGAGAUUCCCAAUUGCUUUUCAGAUAUUCUAUGCGCUCGCGACGAUUGUCAUGCUCCCAUGGCUGCCCGAUUCGCCACGCUGGCUCAUUCAAAAAGGACGAUUCGAGCAAGCCAAGGCUGUGACAGCCCAACUUCAUGCCAAAGAUAUCAGCGAUCCCGAGUUGGUAGCCUUGCACGAAGAGUCUAUCCAAUACAUUCAACACGAGGUCGAAGUUUCCAAAGUUAGCUGGAGCUCGCUCUUGCGGAGUGACGCUCUCAAGACCAGAAGGAGAGUCAUUCUAGGAAUGGGCACUCAGUUCAUGCAACAGUGGGGCGGCAUCAACGCAAUAAACUACUACAUGCCCGUUGUAUUCGCUUCGCUGCGUGUCUCCCGACAAACAUCACUGAUUCUGUCUGCCUGUAAUGCGAUUAAUGUGAUGGUGUUCACUACCGCCGCCAUCACCGUCAUUGAGAAGAUCGGCAGAAAGCGACUCAUGCUCUGGGGCGCUCUGGGGCAGGGAACGUGCUUCGUUCUUCUCACAGUGGGCCUGGCUGUGGGGGGAACCAAGUGGUCCGCAGUGGCGAUUGCCUUUGUGUUUGCCUUCUAUACCGUGUUUGGUCUUUCCUGGAUUGCCAUUCCUUGGAUGUAUUCAGCCGAAGUGAACACACAGCCCUGGCGGAACCGAGGCGCUGGCCUCGCGACCGCUACCAAUUGGAUCUGCAACUACGCCGUCGUGCUGGUUACUCCUAUCGGAAUUGAGAAGAUUAGUUGGCGGUACUAUAUCAUUUAUGCUGUUCUGAACUUUUGCUUUGUCCCUGUGGUUUCCUUAUGGUAUGUCGAAACUGCUGGCUUGUCUUUGGAGGAGAUCGACGCAAUCUUCGAGGGACAGAACACCCGCAUUCCCUUGGACAUGCGGAAAAGUGGUGUAAACGAGGAUAAGGGCAAGGUUGGAUGGGAUAAAGGCCAGAGUGAGUGGCUUGAAUCCGUCGAUUCCAGCACGCAAGACCAGAAGACAGUGGAGGACAAUCGUUCUUCUUAG